AUGCAGCACAUCGAGUCUGUUAUGGAUUCCUUAGAGUUUGUGGAUCUGGGCGAGACAUUCUUCGAUGUUGCGUGGGACCACACGUACUUCCAGGACGAAAUGGACAAAUCGCAGAGGCUAGGCUCUAUGAUUACUUUCACUGGCUCGGUUGAUGCUUCAUGGGCCGCAACCAGUAAAGAGUACGUGGCGAAGAUAUGGCCAGAAACGGGGAUGGUCACUCUAAGUGCCAUAGAGAAGGCAAUGAAACAAGACAAAAUAGGUUGUUACUACGAAACGUUCAGUUCCUUUGACGGAGAUUUCGGAGUUGAAGUGAGACGCUCGAGAGGUCCCCAGAUCAAAGUUCAAGGAUCUAAAAGACAAACUGUUCAAGUAGCACAGCAAUUGGCCUGGAUGAUGGGCGUCUUCCAAACGAGAAAAGAUCGAGACUCAGAUAAGACAAUGUACUCGCAUUUUCAAAUCGACAAUCAAGACACAGACCGGUUUUCGUUGUCACCAUUGCCACUCAAGGAAGCCUCCGAAAGUAAUGCGUCAUGCUGGCCAUCGUUGUUACAUGGUGGCGUCAUCUCUCACGGGUUCCCGAUUCCUCAAAGGGGCAGUGAAGUGGGAGUUGAAAUGUCUUUAGAUGCGAUCAUUCCUCUUGCGGGCAUCCAAUAUCCUGUCCAUAUCCAAGACGUCACCAUUAUGAAGGGAUGGUCAACCCUGCUGUAUCCAGUGAAAGCUUCCGUGGACUUCGGCUCGAUCCAAUGGCACUUAGUAGCAUGUGACGUUCCAGACGAUCCGCGGAUACUUCAAGCACUGUCUUCUGUCGCCUAUGUAGCGAAUUGGAAGGAUGUCGGCCUCGACUCAAUUAGAAUGUCACGGUCCUUUAUAGGCUUCUGCGACUCUGCAAAUAUUCACUUGGGGACGAAGAUGUUUGAGCCGCAACGUUCAGAAGAUGUGUCGGGCGCAUUGAUUGAGACAAGCCGGGCGUUCUGGCAAAAAAAGGUCACUGUCAAUAUGGGAACCGGCGGUAUGGGCGCUUUUGGAUUCGGAGCUGCUGGCGAGAUAGGCUUCACCAAGACCACAGUCGCCAGGAUGGCAGAACGGGAGAACUUCGACAAGGUACUGGACUUGUCUCGGGGGACAGCGGUGAUGAUUUAUGACGUUGCCACCAGUCUUGCAUGGCUAGUGCCAGAGAUCAGUGUGGUGCUGCACAUAACACGGUCUUGGUUCCUCGAAAGGAAAGACCUUGCAAGAAAUGAAAUCGAAAAGUUACCGUCUGCAGCCAUAGCUGAAGAUGGGGGUAGCGCUGCAAUGAACGCAAUCAGAAAACACCAGUCGCUUGAUUUGGAGCGCACCGGUGGCACAUCGACUUGGAAAUUCAUGGAUAUCGUGAAGGAUUCUGUCCGUUUACUCAGAGCCUGCAGAGAUACAAAAGAUCGAUCACAGUCAUCCAGUUCAGUCUCAUACCUGUUGUCUAGGGUUCAGUCGCCGAGGCUUUACGGAUGGGACAUGGCCGAUAUGAUUGACGGAAGAGACAACACAUCGAGGAAGGAACUAUCAGUCCACAAGAACUCCAAUGACAGAUGGGUCACUUCCAUAGCCAACCAUCCUGAUGUGUUGCUUCUGUUCUGCAGGAACAUAGCUGCUCCAAUUCGCCCAGCUCAGCCGGAACAGACUUGUCGCAAGUGGAACCCAAUGCCUUCGGGAGAGAAUUACCUAGUGGCUUCUGUGCAAUCUUUGAAAGACUUGGCACGUCAUUGCAAUGGAGGAGACAAAGGCAGCAAGUUGACGGACAAAUGCUAUUGGUCGCGACCAUCUGGAAGCAAUCCAUGGGGUCCAUGCGAUUAUGAGUCUCGAAAGGGGUGCAAUCGGUUGCAGCAAAUAGUGGACCAGAAUCCUAAUCGUCCGGUGAAGCCCCGUGAUGGUGGUGCAAUUGUCUUUGGCUGUAACGCACCUCCACGCAAGAGAUGCCGACUGCCUAAGCCAUCGAGUCCUGAGAAGGGUCUGAUCGCUACCGAUGGCAUUUCAGAUGAGACUGCGGGCAGCAUCUCGACCAUGUCUCUGCCCUUUGACUCGCUCAGCGUGGGUCAGCGUGAUCAGCAGAUUCCAGUAACAGUUGACGAUAACGAUCAAGCGUUAGUCCCUGUCUCAUCCUCUAGCGGAGAGACGCACCAAGGCCUGUCAUUCGAGGAAGACUGUCGAGCUAUCGCUGCAGCACUCGCUCAACGGCAAGACAAGCAACCAUCACCAGUUGAACUCGAUGAGCUAAUUCAGGAGGGCCGAGCAAUCUACGAUCAAUUCCGUCACCAAGCACAGAAAUUGCAGAAGCAAAAAGUCCUGGUGGACGAAAUGUUACCGUUACUCAGGUCCACGCUGGAGACCCUCACAGAAUGA